UCCCACUUCUCACUGUACUGUCACUCGACACUGGGAAGAAAGAAAGAAAAAAUCCACCACUGGAAUCUCUUCUCCCAACAUUUCUUAGCUUCUUCUCCAAGAACACAGUCCCUUUCUUUCCUGGUUUGUAUUUAAUUUCCUAUCUGCAAUUACAAGCUUCAAUUGUGGUGAAGGUGCAGGGAGAUCUGGACCAUGGCCAAAGAAGACCUUCAUGUGUUAAGUGCAUUAGACACAGCCAAGACACAAUGGUAUCAAAUCACAGCUAUAGUUGUUGCAGGAAUGGGCUUCUUCACUGAUGCUUAUGAUCUCUUCUGCAUUUCCCUAGUGACAAAGCUCCUUGGUCGUAUAUACUAUCAUGUAGAAGGAUCACCAAAGCCUGGAACACUUCCUCCUAAUGUUUCAGCAGCUGUGAAUGGUGUUGCCUUAUGUGGUACUCUUGUAGGACAGCUUACCUUUGGUUGGCUUGGUGAUAAGUUAGGCCGUAAGAGUGUUUAUGGUGUAACCCUCUUACUCAUGAUCUUAUGUUCCAUUGCUUCUGGUCUUUCUUUUGGUAGUAAGCCUGAGACAGUAAUGACUACCCUUUGUUUCUUUCGUUUUUGGCUUGGAUUUGGAAUUGGUGGAGACUAUCCACUCUCUGCAACUAUCAUGUCUGAGUAUUCUAAUAAAAAAACACGUGGGGCUUUUAUUGCUGCUGUCUUUGCAAUGCAAGGGUUUGGUAUUAUAGCUGGUGGGACAGUGGCUAUUAUUGUCUCUUCUAUCUUCAAUCACUAUUACCCUGGACCACCUUACUCUAAAGACCCUCUUGGCUCAACUGUUCCUGAAGCUGAUUAUGUUUGGCGUAUAAUCCUAAUGUUUGGGGCUAUCCCUGCAGCAUGUACCUUUUACUCACGUGUGAAAAUGCCUGAGACUCCUCGUUAUACUGCCCUAGUUGCCAAAGAUGCUGCAAAAGUUGCAAAAGAUAUGUCAAAGGUCCUCCAAGUUGACCAACUUGAUCAAGUUGAGGAAGAAGAUAAGGGGGAGACAAUGGUGGAAAGAGGUCCAGUCAACAGUUUUGGGUUGUUCUCUAUGGAGUUCCUUCGUCGACAUGGGCUUCACUUGUUAGGGACUACAUCCACAUGGUUCUUACUAGACAUUGCUUACUACAGCCAAAAUUUGUUUCAGAAGGAUAUUUUUAGUUCAGUUGGGUGGAUUCCUCCAGCAGUAACCAUGAAUGGGAUUGAAGAGCUUUUCAGUAUUUCUAGAGCACAAACCCUAAUUGCACUCUGUGGUACUGUGCCUGGAUAUUGGUUUACUGUCUUCUUCAUUGAUCGUAUAGGAAGGUUCAAAAUUCAAUUGAUGGGUUUCUUCUUCAUGACAGUAUUCAUGUUUUCAAUUGCCAUUCCUUAUCACUAUUGGAGUGUCAAGGGUCACCAUGUAGGGUUUAUUAUACUGUAUGCUCUUACUUUCUUUUUCGCUAAUUUUGGACCCAAUAGUACUACAUUUGUUGUUCCGGCGGAGAUCUUUCCGGCGAGAUUUAGAUCAACAUGCCAUGGUGUCUCUUCAGCAUCAGGAAAGGCUGGUGCAAUUGUGGGAGCUUUUGGGUUCUUGUAUGCAGCGCAAAACCAAGAUAAGUCGAAGGCUGAUGCUGGUUAUCCUCCUGGGAUUGGUGUGAGGAAUUCCCUUAUUGUGCUUGCUAUUGUCAAUGUACUAGGAUUUGCCUUCACUUUCUUGGUGCCAGAAUCUAAGGGGAAGUCAUUGGAAGAGAUAUCAAAAGAAACCGGAGAUAAUGACGACUCUACUGAACCUGUUUAACUAAUGAUCAGUUAUUUGAUCUUUUUUUUUUUUUUUCUCUGUAAGAGAGUGGUAAUUAAAAUUAGUGGUAUGUAAAUAAGCAGCAGGUGACAAGGGUUGAGUCUAGUUAAAAUGAACAGUUUAGGUUUAGACAACUAUAUUCACCUGUUGGAGAUUCAAUUUAGAUACUACAUUCGGCUUUAAUUUGAUUAGUUCUCUUAA